AUGGAUAAUAACAAUUGGAGGCCGUCUCUUCCAAACGGUGAACCUACCAUGGACACAGGUGACUGGAGAGCUCAAUUGCCUCCUGAUUCACGCCAGAAGAUCGUCAACAAGAUAAUGGAAACACUAAAGAAGCACCUUCCAUUUUCUGGACCAGAGGGGAUUAACGAGCUCAGGAGAAUUGCUGCUAGAUUCGAGGAGAAAAUUUUCAGUGGUGCCGUUAAUCAGACGGAUUACCUUAGGAAAAUAUCUAUGAAGAUGCUGACUAUGGAGACUAAAUCCCAAAAUGCAGCUGGUUCUUCCUCAUCUAUCCCUGCCGCCAAUAAUGGCACAUCCAUGGAUUCAAUUCCCGCCAAUCAAGGUCACCUUCUUCCAGGAACGUUACCAACCAAUCAAUCUCAAGCACCUCAGCCGUUACUCUCCCAAACCAUGCAGAGUAAUACAGCCUCUGGGAUGACGGGUUCUACUGCUUUACCAUCUUCCAUGCCGCCGGUUUCUUCGAUAACCAACAAUAAUGUCGCAAAUUCUGUAAACCAGAAUUCAAAUAUGCCAAAUGUAGCCGGAAUGUUGCAAGAUUCAUCUGCGCAGCAUGGCCUUUCAUCGAACAUGUUUUCAGGAUCCCAAAGGCAGAUGAUGGGCAGGCCACAUGGGAUGUCUUCACAGCAGCAACAGCCGCCACAGAAUGCACAGAUUCUUUAUCAGCAACAACUGCAGCAGCAGCUUAUGAAGCAAAAUUUUCAGUCAGGGAAUGUUCCCAAUCCCAAUUCGCUUUUGCCAUCACACAUACAACAGCAACAAAAUGUGCUGCAGCCUAAUCAAAUGCAUUCGUCUCAACAGCCUGGUAUUGCAACAUCUUCUACGCAGCCCUCUACUGUGAGUUCAGCUCCUCUCCAGGGUCUACACACAAAUCAGCAAUCCAGUCCGCAAUUGUCUGCUCAGCAGACGACGACGCAAUCUAUGCUUCGUCAGCAUCAAUCGUCGCUGCUAAGGCAACAUCCGCAAUCACAACAAGCCUCUGGUAUCCAUCAGCAGCAAACAGUUUCUCCUCUACAACAGCAGCAAGCACAAAUGAUGAGGCAACAAGCUGCAAAUACCUCAGGCAUCCAACAGAAGCAGAUGAUGGGGCAGCAUGUUGUCGGAGAUAUGCAGCAGCAACAUCAGCAAAGAUUACUGAACCAACAAAAUAAUAUGAUGAACAUUCAACAGCAGCAGGCGCAACAGCAGACACAGCAGCAGCAGAAGCAGCAGCCACCGGCCCAGCAGCAAUUGAUGUCUCAACAAAACAGCCUUCAGGCAACGCACCAGCAGCCGCUCGGCUCUCAGAGCAAUGUUUCAGGAUUGCAGCAGCCACAACAACAGAUGCUCAGUUCCCAGGUUGGCAAUUCGAGCUUGCAGACUAACCAGCACUCGGUGCACAUGUUAUCACAGCCAACAGUUGGGAUGCAACGAACACAUCAGGCUGGCCAUGGCAUGUUUUCUUCUCAGGGCCAACAGUCACAAAAUCAGCAAUCCCAACAGCAGAUGAUGCCCCUUCAAUCGCAUCAUCAGCAGGUAGGUUUGCAACAACAACCUAAUCUACUACAGCAGGAUGUGCAACAAAGGCUACAAUCUUCAGGCCAAGUCACAGCAUCGCUGGAUUCGACGGCACAGACGGAAAAUGCAAACGGAGUUGAUUGGCAAGAGGAGGUUUUCCAAAAGAUCAAAACAAUGAAAGAGGCGUACUUACCAGAUCUAAAUGAAAUUUACCAGAGAGUUGCAGCCAAGUUGCAGCAAGAUUCUAUUCCGCCGCAACAAAGAUCAGAGCAGUUUGAGAAAUUGAAACAAUUCAAGACAAUGUUGGAGCGAAUGAUACAAUUCCUAUCAGUUUCAAAGAGCAAUAUUAUGCCUGCAUUAAAGGAUAAGGUGGCAUAUUAUGAGAAGCAGAUUAUCGGUUUCUUAAAUAUGCACAGGCCGAGGAAGACAGUACAGCAAGGGCAGCUUCCGCAAUCUCAGAUGCAGCCUAUGCAGCAACAGCAAUCACAGACCGUUCAAGAUCAGUCUCAUGAUAGUCAAACAAAUCCGCAAAUGCAAUCAAUGGGCAUGGGGGGUUCUGGGCCAAGGGCACAACAGAGUGGUCUAACAAAUAUGCAGAACAAUGUUCUAUCAUCUCGUCCUGGAGUUUCAGCUCCACAGCAGAACAUUUCCAGUUCCAUACCGGCUUCUAGUUUAGAAUCAGGCCAAGGAAAUGCACUGAAUAAUGGCCAGCAGGUUACCAUGGGAUCCAUGCAACAAAAUACUUCUCAACAAGUAAAUAACAGUUCUGCCUCUGCUCAAAGCGGGUUAAGCUCACUGCAGUCUAAUGUUAAUCAAACGCAGUUAAGUUCUAGUUUGCUUCAGCAACAGCAGCUGAAGCAACAGCAAGACCAACAAAUGUCGCAGCAGCUCAAACAGCAAUUCCAACAGCGCCAGAUGCAGCAGCAGCUACUGCAGAAGCAGCAGUUAAUUCAGCAGCAGCAGCAGCAACAGCAACAGCAACAGCAACAGUUGCAAGCAAGACAGCAGCAACAAAAUGAUAUGAAUGAUUUGACAGCGAGGCAGGGGAUGAAUGUCAGUCGUGGGAUGUUUCAGCAACACUCUCUCCAGGGUCAGCGUGCUAAUUAUCCUCUUCAACAGCUAAAACCAGGAUCCCAACUUCCUGGUUCGUCGCCUCAACUUCUGCAAGGUGCAUCUCCUCAGAUGACACAACAACAUAUGUCUCCUCAGGUCGACCAGAAAAAUCUGUUAUCUGUCAACAAGAUGGGAACUCCAUUGCAGCCUGCAAACUCCCCUUUUGUGGUCCCAUCUCCUUCAACCCCCUUGGCUCCGUCCCCGAUGCAAGUUGACUCUGAGAAACCUUCUGGUGCUUCUUCAUUGUCAAUGGGGAAUAAUGCACGCCAACAAGCAACUGGCAUGCAAGGUGUUGUUCAGUCCCUUGCAAUUGGCACUCCAGGGAUCUCUGCUUCUCCUCUCCUUCAGGAGUUUACUAGUCCUGAUGGGAAUAAUUCAAAUCCUUUGACAAGUACAUCUGGAAAACCCAGCGCUACUGAGCUGCCUAUUGAACGCCUUAUUAGAGCCGUGAAGUCCAUCUCACCGCAAGCGCUCUCUUCUGCAGUAAGUGACAUCGGAUCCGUUGUAAGCAUGGUUGAUAGGAUAGCUGGUUCAGCUCCGGGAAAUGGUUCAAGAGCAUCAGUUGGCGAGGACUUGGUUGCAAUGACUAAGUGUCGUCUCCAAGCAAGAAACUACAUGACGCAAGAUGGAAUGAUGGCGACCAAGAAAAUGAAGCGCCACACAACCGCAAUGCCAAUAAGCGUUGUUUCGUUAGGAGGGAGCGUUGGUGAUAACUACAAGCAGUUUGCAUGUUCGGAGACAUCAGAUCUGGAAUCAACUGCGACUUCUGAUGGGAAGAAGGCAAGAACUGAGACCGAGCAUGCCCUUUUGGAGGAAAUCAAGGAAAUAAACCAGCGGCUGAUAGAUACAGUUGUCGAGAUUAGUGAUGAUGAAGAUGCUGUAGAUCCUAGUGAGGAAGCAACAGCAAGCAAAGGGUGUGAAGGAACAACAGUUAGAUUCUCGUUUAUAGCUGUUUCUCUCAGCCCAGCCUUGAAGGCUCAUCUCUCAUCAACGCACAUGUCUCCUAUUCAACCAUUGCGUCUGCUGGUUCCAUGUAGCUACCCCAACGGCUCUCCAUCUCUUCUGGAUAAACUCCCGGUGGAAACCAGCAAAGAGAACGAGGACCUCUCGUCAAAAGCUAUGGCAAAGUUCAACAUAUUGCUAAGAAGUUUGUCUCAGCCAAUGUCGCUCAAAGACAUAGCCAAGACAUGGGACGCUUGUGCUCGGACUGUCAUCUGUGAGUACGCACAGCAAUUUGGCGGUGGGACUUUUAGCUCAAAAUACGGUACUUGGGAGAAAUAUGUAGCCGCUUCCUGA